ACUAAACCAAACCUUGUCCUAUAUAAAUAGUCACGUAUAGUUGAAAGUUGAAAGUAUAACCCAAUUGAAAUACUACUAAGUUACAAAAAAUGAGCAAAAGGCGCCUCACCAUCGUCCAUGUCUCCGAUGAUCCCACUUCAAACGGAAACUAAUUCAAUAGCUGCACUCAGAUUGGAAAUGCAAGAGAAUAAAAAUAGCACCCCGGUGGCCCCGGCCGCGGCCGACAAUGGGAAGAACACGAGCAUCCACGUGACGGCCCUGGACGGCAUAGUGAGCGCGAACUCGCUCUUCACGAUGGCGAUGUUCAUCGGGUUCUCCAUGACCGUCCCGGAGAACGCCACCACCGUGUCAAGCGCGGCGUGCACCACGAGCGGGGAGACGGUGAGGAGGCUGAUCGUGUUCGAAGUGGCGUCGUUCAGCUUCUUCCUGUUCUCGUCGCUCGUGGCGCAGAGCCUGAAGCUGCAGAUCAACCUGCGCAACAACAUGGACCCCACCGAUCCGCACAGGGCGACCAUAAACGUGGACCACCUCAAGUACUGCCUCUUCGCCUCCGCGGUGGGGUCGGUCCUCGGGUGCACGUUCCUGACGGCGUCGAUCGUGGAUUUUAUAAGGGUGAAAUUGGGGUCGCUGUCGUGCGGGGGGAAGCCGGUUUACGCGGUGGUGGUGCUGGUGGUGUUUGUGGGGUCGGGGCUGCUGGUUUAUGUCACUACUGCUGCUCGUGCUGCUUUCUUUGUGCAAACUCAACCCUCUGCUACGGCAACUGUUACUGCUACUACUUGACUCCAAUUCCUAACAUUGGUGAUUAUAAUAUGUAAUGUUAGUUUUUAUUGUAUUCAAUUCAAUUGGUUUAGUUGCAUAGGGGUGUAAUUAAGUGUAAAGUAAUUGUCAGCUUUGAUACAAAAUUAAAUAGUUGGAGUAACCUCUUUUUACAA